CGGAGAAACAGGAAGCGUUACAGCAGGGAGAGAGAGGGAGGUGGAGUGAGUGGGCGCUUGAAUGAAACGGGCAGGCCGUGAAAACGCUACAAUCUCUCAAAUCAGGACCGCGCUGGCCACGGCUGGGAUGUGGGUGGCAUCAUGAGCGUGAAAGCUUUUGAGCUGGUUCCCGCCGUGGAGCGGGAGCAAGUGAUGGGCGAAAAGGUGCGGAUAAACAUCGAAUGCAUCGAGUGCUGCGGCAAACACCUGUACCUUGGUACCAACGACUGCUUCAUCCAUCACUUCCUGCUGGAGGAGCGCACUACGGCCAAAGGUAAACUGGCCUACAACGCCCAGAAGCUCCUCCACAAAUACCUGGGCUUGAAGAAGCCCGUGGCGGAGCUGAAAGCUGCUUCCGCGCUGGAGCGUCUAAUCGUGCUCUGCGACGCCACCAUCAGCGUUGUGGACAUGGUCACUCUGGAGCCCGUGCCUACCGGGGGCGCAAAGCUCAAAGGUGUGACUGCGUUUUGUAUCAACGAGAACCCAGUCACGGGGGACGCGUUCUGUGUGGAAAUGGCAGUAGUUUCGGCACGCAGGCGGGCCGUCCAAAUAUGCACGGUCCACGAGGACAGAGUGCAGAUGUUAAAGGAAGUGACCACGCCGGAGCAGCCCUGUGCCCUCAGCCUGGACGGAUACAAUAUCUGUCUAGCCCUGUCCACGCAGUACAUGAUUCUCAACUACAGCACGGGAGCCUCUCAGGACCUGUUCCCUUACGACUGUGAAGAAAGGAAACCCAUCGUGAAGAGGAUCGGCCGGGAAGAGUUUCUCCUGGCUGCUCCGGGCGGGCUCGGGAUGUUUGCGAACGCGGAGGGCAUCUCCCAGCGUGCUCCGGUGAGCUGGUCGGAGAGCGUGAUUGCGGCGGCGGUGUGUUUCCCGUAUGUGGUCGCUUUGGAUGAAGGCUUCGUGACGGUUCACAGCAUGUUGGACCAGCAGCUCAAACAGACUCUGUCGUUCAGGGAUGGACACCUUUUACAGGAUUUUGAAGGUAAGGUAGUGCUGGCCUCUUCAAAAGCGGUGUAUAUUCUGGUUCCUCUCCCUCUGGAGCGUCAGAUUCAAGACCUGCUGGCAAGCCAUCGAGUCGAAGAGGCCUUGACCCUCACCGAGGCGGCGCAGAGAAACAUUCCCAAAGAAAAAUAUCAGAUAUUGCACAAAAGAAUUCUCCAACAAGCAGGAUUCAUCCAAUUUGGCCAGCUUCAGUUUUUAGAAGCAAAAGAGCAUUUUAGGAAAGGACAGCUGGAUGUACGGGAGCUGAUCUCUCUUUAUCCGCUGCUCCUUCCUGCCUCUUCUUCUUUCACACGUUGCCAUCCUCCACUUCACGAAUUUGCUGACUUGAACCACCUGACACAAGGAGACCAGGAGAAGGUACAGCGCUUUAAACGUUUCCUCAUUAGCUACCUGCACGAGGUGCGUAGCAGCGACAGCGCUAACGGUUUCCGCGAAGAUGUAGAUACCGCACUGCUGAAGCUCUACGCAGAGAUUGGCCACGAGAGUCUCCUGGACUUGCUGGCCUCCGAUAAUGCCUGCGUCCUGACAGACAGCGCCCCCUGGCUGGAAAAGCAUCACAAGUAUUUUGCUCUAGGGCUUCUAUAUCACUACAAUGGUCAAGAUUCUGCUGCUUUACAGAUGUGGGUGAAGAUCGUCAAUGGCGAUCUCCAGGACUCAACGCGGCCGGAUCUGUUUGAAUAUGUUGUAGAUUUUCUCAGUUUUUGCCCCAGCCUUGAUCUGGUGUGGCGGCAUGCAGACUGGGCGCUACAGAAGGACCAGAAGAUCGGCGUGCAGAUCUUCACCAAACGGUUUACCUCAGAGGACAAGACGAGUCCGUUAAACCCAGACGACGUGAUCCCGUAUUUGCAGAAGCACAGUCAAGCACUUCUGUUCUACCUGGAACACCUUGUUCUGGAGAAUAGACUGCAGAAAGAGAAGUAUCACACGCAUCUAGCUGUGUUGUAUGCAGACAGAGUCCUGGGCCUGAUCUCACGGCCAACAUCCACCGAUGACCAGCUGUCUGCUGCCCGCCAGAAACUACAACGGUUACUCAAAGAGUCUAAUCUGUACAGGGUCCAGUUACUACUAGGUAAAAUUCAGGACUCCGAGCUGCUGCUACUUGAGCGAGCUACACUACAUGGGAAGAUGGAGGAGCAUGACAAGGCCUUGCACAUUCUAGUGCACCAGCUCAAAGACUCAGCCGCAGCUGAAGAAUACUGCUCUUGGGCCUCGGCGUCUCGUGACCAGUCCUACCGCCAGAACCUUUUCCACCAACUCUUGAGUGUUUACUUGGACCCUGAUGUGCCGGGAGGGGCGCAAACAGUAGCUGCUGUUGACUUGCUUAACCAGAACGCUGAUGUUUUUGAUGCAGUGCGUGUGUUAAAGCUCCUCCCAGAGGAGUGGUCUCUGCCGUUACUCCGUCCUUUCCUGUGCGGCGCUCUGAGGGCGAGCGUGCAUGCAAGGUGCACCUCCCAGGUUGCAGUGGGGCUGGCCAGAGCGCAAAAUCUCCAGCUUCAGCACGACAGGCUGAAGUAUCGAGGCGGUCCAAUAUUAGUGUCCGAAAAGAAAGGAUGCCAGCUGUGCCACAAUACCUUCAGCGAGCCAGACUGCGCCUGCUUGCCCGGCGGAACACCUGUCCACAUUCACUGUGUCGCCAAGAAAGCCCUGAACUUACCGGUAGAGCGACAACACGAAAAAGCCCACCGCAGCAACCACACAUGAAGCUGACGAGUCCCGUGGGGCAGUGGACACACACGAAGGCGUCACACGUGUACCGCACACACAGGGAGAAGCAGGCCCACUCCAGAGCACUCGCUGCGACCAGGACCUGCAAAUGAGUGUGUGGAUGUCUGAAAUGCUAUUUAUUCCAUAAUCCCUCUGCGUGCACACACACACACACACACACACACACAACAGUGACAAUGAAUAUGAGAAUAUUUUAAUGAACGUCAAACAAAAACCUGACAUUGUCUCUUGGUGGAUCUUUUUAGCCUCGCCUUAUGAUGACUGGUCCGGUGGCUAUCUUUGCUUUUUAAAUGGAUGGUGUUCAUAAUAACUAUCGUUUGCAAACUGCUUGGGGUCUGGAUACUAGUGUCUUCUUGGCUGCCUGGUCUCGGUGAGCAGAAUUAUCAAAACUGAGUGUAUGUGAUUUAAGCUGGUCAAUAGUUUUCAUUAAACAAAACACCAAAGUUACUCGCUCUGUUCUCAGAGAGUGACAAGUUAUAGCCUUAAGUGAUUUAUUUAAUAUAAGGAGCAAUGCUCAAGAAGUACAUUAUUUUCAUAAUUCGGGGUCAUAGUAGCUAUUUUAAACCGAUUUAAAGGGAAGAUUUUCCAUGUCCGUUUAUAGUCUGAACUGGAAAAACUUCAAAGUUACGUCAUAGUGUUACGUAAGAUUCUGAUUAAUGAGCACAAAGAAAGAUAUUGUGUGUCUCGCUCCCUCCUUUCCACAUCAGAAGGAAGUCAAGUUUAAGUGAUGUUUAGUCGAAUUGUAGCCAUAUCAAACCAACCCGAUGGACUCAGGCUAAGCUGUUUCUCUACGUUGUAAUUAAAUGCUAAUGUGCAUAUAUUACAUCCAACUGUUUGUUUUCUCAUAUGCAUGUGUGGUGAUACGGACAUGAAUCUUCAUGUCUUAAGAAUGCUAAGCUGUGAUUGUAAUGAUCAAAAAAUGUUGACAUGCUAAAUUACAUGUGAUGUUUAGGGACGCACGGCGGCUAACAGCUGCGCGAGGUUUUUGCCUGAGAAAGAUCUAUAACCUCAUAACCGAAUAUCUAUUUGUCUUUAAGUGGAGUAAUUUAAGAGUGAAAGAUGGGGGGAAAGCACAUAAUAAACACUGCCUAUUUAAUAAAUGACCUCGGCUAUGACAAGGGAAAGGUGACUAUUUGUCUUGAGAUAUUUUUCAAGGAACGUUUUAAAGGAAGUCAUGCUUCUAACUGACUGGAAGGAUGAUGGUAAAUUCUAUUAAAAUGUAAACUUGUCCCACCGUUAAAUAGAUAAAUGACUUUAGGUAUCGUACACAAUGCCUGUGUAGUAAAGUGUAUGUGAGCUACUGGGUCUUGGUUUUGAUUUGCUGAUGCAAUUUUCCUGAAACAAAGAUCCAUUCGUCACGUGUGCAACCAAACGUUCUCCUUUACUGUCGAAAGAAGAGAGACUAAACUUUUUUUUUUUUCAGCUUGAGCAGUAAUAAAUGGAAAUCCUUCGUCGCUACAUCUCUUUAUAUCCACUUAAAAGUAUUUUAUACAUAAACUAUACAUAGAUACUGGUGUGUACAUACUGUAUUAUUAACUGUUUGUUGCUUUGUAAAUCGAUGCCAGUGUGGGUGGAAUGUACAGAAUGUAAAGACGUCCAUUUUAAUAAACAAAACUAUGCCUA